AUGGGUGCGAGGGUCGACAUUCUUGUUAGGAUGCCCCUUCCUCGAUUUCUAACGCGGUUGGUGGAAUUCCAUUACGAGAAUGCAAUUGAAGAGUUUUCCUUCGCCACGAUAAUACUCUGCAGAUCUAGUGCGGUGGAUGUCGAGAUACUACAAGGAUAGGAGGUCGCCAACAGAUGCGGAGAUGUGGGGUGAAUUUGCCAAGGCGCUAGCGCCAAUUUAGGUUAUAAGGUGAAUGAUAACCAACCCUCAAUCACUUCUGUACAAUAGCAUUUAUCCCCAUCACCGUCUUGCGAAAUUUUGACAAGUAGUUUCUUAUCACUUUUUGAAUUAUUUACCGGGACAUGCCCUAUGUUUUAAUCCUUGUUGAGUUCUUGAGACCACUAUAACAGCUCAAGACCGCGUUCGUUGUCAUGGCUCAGUCACAGAAAGAUGUAGCCAAAGUUUGAAUUCCCGCAAAUCUGACGAUUAUCCCUCGCUGAGUGAAUGCUGUCGUAUCUCCCAGCCUUGAAAAAAAAGGUACAAAACUAAAAAGUACGCAAAGACAGAAUGGCCUCGGCACUCAGCGUUCUGCUGGAAACUUCGAGCUCGAAAAUGCUAAGAGGACAGACCAGAUAUCUAGACCACACCCAUCUAUCGUGCUGAUCAUGUUCAAAUAGAUAUUC